AUGGAUCCAUAUAGCUCUAUGGAUGAUGCUACGGCGGCUUUAAUCAUCCAACUACAAAUACAAGAAACACAAGAAUUACUUGACGCAGAAGACGACAAGGGGAAAGGACGAGAAAACGACAAAAGCGACGUCAAGAUAGCUUUACAAUCUUACUUACAAGACUUGGAAGCUAACCAUGCCUUGGUAACUGAUCGUGUUUUGACAAAAAGAAUCGGAGAAGGCCUUGAAAUAGAUGGAGACGAAGCCACAGCAGACCCAUAUGCUGAGACAUUAGCAAAUGACGACGGAGAAUGUCACUCGGAGAAUGGCGAAUUUCAGCCAAGCAACCCCUUUGUGGCAGGUGCACACCCGAGCUCGCUGGACUCCAGUGGCCUGAACAACUACGAAUUUUCCUUUAACUAUCCCAGACUAGAUAGUAGCUCAAAGACAGGGGCUUGUUCGAGUACUUCAAAAUCCAGAGCGGAAUCAUCCCGGCGUAUCAUCCCCUUAAAAUCGAGCGAAGUACCGCGCAACAAUUGUACUGCCUGUCAAAACCUACUCCCAUCAAAUAUAUUGGUUCGUUGUCCUUGCAGUCAUGACUAUUGUGAGGAUUGUCUAUCGGAUCUAUUUCGGGCAUCCAUAACUGAUGAAAGUCUAUUUCCGCCUCGAUGCUGUAAGCAGCCGAUCGUUCUAAACAGUAGAGUUUCCGAAAUCCUGUCAUCAGAACUCGUUGACCGUUUUGAGGAAAAGAAAAUUGAAAUAGAGACCCCAGAUCGUACCUACUGCUCAAACCAGUUAUGUUCAGCUUUCAUUCGAAUGGAAUUUAUUGCCGAAGAGAAAGCUGAGUGUAAAAAGUGCGGAACGACAACAUGUAUUAUAUGCAAGGGUGCAUCUCACAUUGGGGAUUGUCCCUCUGAUAAGUCUCUUAACCUCCUACUUGAGCUUGCUGAGGAGAGGGGUUGGCAACGCUGCUACAAUUGCCGGCGUGUUGUUGAGCUAGAGAUUGGCUGCAAUCAUAUGACGUGCCCUUGUGGCUCGGAAUUCUGCUACGUAUGCGCUGAGCGGUGGAAGACCUGUGGAUGUGAACAAUGGGACGAAGAAAGACUUCUUGCCCGCACAAAUGCUAUUGUGGCUCGUCAACCUGUCGCUUUUGAAGAUGAUUUAUUUGUUCUUGAUCACGCGGCAGACGUAAUGCAGAAUCUCCGUCUUCGGCACGACUGUGACCAUGAACAGUGGCGCUGGGUCAGAGGUCACCACCGUUGUGAACUCUGUUAUCACACACUACCUUCCUACAUUUUCGAGUGCCGUGAGUGUGCCAUACAAAUUUGCAACCGAUGUCGUCGGAACAGGAUUUGA